CCUGCUGCGUCCUGCCCUUCUCUGGAAUCAAGAUCAAAAUCGCUGUUCCCGCUCUGUUCGAUAACUCGGGAAGAUCGAAGAUGGCGAGUGAAAGUGAGCCAGCAAAGCUCCUCUUACCGUACCUUCAACGUGCCGAUGAGUUGCAAAAGCAUGAACCUCUUGUGGCAUAUUACUGUCGGUUGUAUGCUAUGGAACGUGGAUUGAAGAUUCCUCAGAGUGAACGCACCAAGACCACAAAUGCUCUACUUGUAUCGCUCAUGAACCAGCUCGAAAAGGAUAAAAAGUCAAUCAAGCUGGGACCUGAUGAUAAUUUACAUCUAGAGGGAUUUGCCUUAAACGUCUUUGCGAAGGCUGACAAGCAAGAUCGUGCUGGACGUUCAGAUUUGAACACAGCAAAAACAUUUUAUGCCGCAAGCAUUUUUUUUGAGAUUCUAAACCAGUUUGGAGCACUCCAGCCUGAUCUGGAGCAAAAGCAGAAAUAUGCGGCCUGGAAAGCAGCAGAUAUAAGGAAGGCUCUGAAAGAAGGAAGAAAGCCCAUGGCUGGUCCUCCUGCUGAUGAUGAGGAUCUGUCAAUACCGUCAAGUAUUCCUAGUGGCAAAGAUGACCUCGGGACUACCGAAAAUACGUUGGCCAGUCCUGGACCACAAUCUGAUGCAUCCCAUAAUUAUAAUGAUCCUGUCAACUACACGGGAUUGCCGGGCGUUCCUCCAGCACCUAAAUUCCAUGAUACCAUUAAUGAUCAGCAUUCUUCAAACAUUCCACCUUUGCAGUUCCAUGACAGAGAAAAUAGUCAGCAUUCAUCAAACAUUUCUCCCUCAUCUUCUUACCAUUCUGCAAGUUACCCAUCCCAAGAUUAUCCUUCUCCUCCUCAUCAAGAUUAUCAUCCUCCACCACCUUCCCAAGAUUAUCAUCCUCCACCGCCUUCCCAAGAUUAUCAUCCUCCGCCACUUUCCCAAGAUUACCACCAUCCACCUCCGGCUAGAUCAGAAAGUUCUUAUUCUCUGCUCUACAAUCAGCAGCAGUAUUCACAAGACCACCCCCAGCAUUUAUCUUCUAGUUAUCCUUCUCACGAAACUCCCGUUUCUUAUUCUUAUCCCCAUUUUCAGUCAUAUCCCAGCUUUACAGAAAGCAGUCUACCAUCAGUCCCUUCAAACCUAAAUUACUACCAAGGUUCUAGUGCUUCAUAUUCUUCCGAGUCAGCUCCUCUAACUGCAAAUUAUUCUUCAAGUGCCCCACAGAAUUCCAGCAGCCGAAAUGGAACUGUCUUGGAACCUACUUCAACUUCUCAGACAUACCAGUAUGACAGUAACUACCAGCCGCCACCUGAAAAAGUUGCAGAGGCACACAAGGCUGCAAGAUUUGCUGUUGGGGCACUAGCAUUCGAUGAUGUCUCAGUUGCAGUAGACUACCUAAGAAAAUCAUUGGAGUUGUUGACAAAACCAUCAGCUGGUCAGUAAGAUUCUUAUCUGAAACCGGUGGGGUUACCAUGAUUUCAACCUCUCAUUCGUAUGUCCCCUUCUGUAGAUAUUGAUUGCGUUUGCAUAAAUGUCAAAAAAUGCAGCAAACAAGACUUGAAUAGAAACCAUGAAGUUUGUCUCAUCUGUGUACAACAUUUCAAUCAGCUUGAGGUUGUGAGAUCCAUUUGUUUGUCAAUAUGUGUGAGAUAUUAACAGAUGUUUACUUGAACUUCAACAAUUAGUUUUCUAUUAUGCCAGUCCCAGAAUUCUUUCC